AUGGAGCUAGAUCCCAGACAUUUGCCUUCAUUGGUGUCUUUGCUCAAUGACCAAAUCACAGAUUUAGAUGAGAGAAUUGUGACUUUAACCGCGUCUGCCAAAAAGUUGGUAUCACCGGAGACUUACGAAGAACUCUCGAAGGAGAAACCUGCUCUGGAAGCUCAAGAGCUAGACGAGGAAACGCUCAUCGAGGAACUAGAGAAAAACAGAAUCCAGCUUGUUGCUUCUUUGCAACAACAGGAUUUUAUUCGAGGAAAAUUGCAAGAGAUGAUCGCAGAUUCUCAACUGCUUGUCAGUACCGUUGUGGACCAAUGUGAGGCUAGAAAAAGCGAAACAGAGAACGAGGAAGCGGCUUUCGAGGAGCGCUGUGCUGGCUACAGAAGCUCUAUUAAAGAUUUAACCAUCAAUGAUUUGAAAGAUAAUGUGGAGAACUCCUCUCGUGUGUUGGACUACCUUCAAACAGAGGAACCCUAG